AUGGACCGCUUCACACGAUGGCAAGAAGCCAUUCCAAUGCCGGGCAUACAGGCAGAGGCAGUUGCGAAAACAUUUGCCACUCACUGGGUUUUAGCGUUUGGCACACAGACAACUAUCGCAACCGACAGAGGCAGGCAGUUUGAAUCGGAUCUUUUCGCCCAGCCAUCCACGUUAUCAGGAACGAAAAGAAUUCACAAGUGCGCCUACUACCUGCAAGCCAACGGUUUGGUAGGACGCUUCCACUGUCAGCUAAAAGCCUGUCUCUGGUGCCAAAGGAACCCGAACAAGUAUACAGACAAUUUUCCUUUAGUACAGUUGAACUUUCGGACAAUGAUCAAAGUGGAAACCGACUGCAGACCAGCUGAAAUAGUUUGA